AUGGAAAGAUUUGUGAAAUGGAAUCUUCCUUCUCAAAAAGGAAUGCUUCAAACUCUUUUGCAUUCACCGACAGAAAACCCACCUCACAUUUCAUCAUACCCACCGACCGAUUUUCCAGUUCUUGACUGGCCAAAACUUCCUCAAACUAGGCCAACAAGUCCACUCCCAUAUGGUCCUCCGAGGUCUCCAACCCAACGCCUUCGUUGCUUCAAAGAUGGUAGCAAUGAGGAUUCGGAGGUGAAGCCUAAUUGGGUUACAAUCACGAGUGUUUUACCUGCUUGUGCACACACUGUUGAGUCUGCUAGACGAAUUCAUAAUUAUGCUACUGAGAUCGGUUUGGAUUUUCAUUCUUCGGUGGAAACAGCACUUGCUGCAACGUAUGUUAGGUGUGGGAGUCUUGUUGAUGCCCAAAGUUGUUUUGAUAGGAUCCGUCAAAAUGAAAAGAGUUUGGUUACUUGGAACACCAUGAUUACUGCAUAUGCUUCUCAUGGCCAUGGAACAGAAGCUUUGUCAACAUUCGAGGAUAUGAUAAGAGCUGGUAUUCAACGAGGUUGUUGUCAGGAUGCAGCCAUUCUGGACUUGUUGAUGUUAGCUUGA